UCCACGUGUCAAUAUUUGAUUACGGUCUUAUGCAUCCAGGAGACCACGGUUACCCUAACCUAAAUAUUCUUAAAACAAGCAAGAGAGCCCAAAUGGUCCUCUAGGGUUUUAGAGAAACCUGCAAUUCCACUUCAGUAAUGGCGUUCUGGGGAAUAGUAUUAGAACCGGACAGACCGUACAUUUAUUUGCACAAUGGGGAAAGAGGAAGGCUUCGCAUAUCUCAGGCAAUACUAGACGCUGGCAGUCGUUCAUCAACAGAGAGGAGCAUGGUUGAAUGUUAUGUAGAAGAUAGGGAACCAGUAUACAUAUGUUCGUUGGAGCCAAAAAGAACUGUGACAUGCCCAUUGAAUCUUGAGUUUGAUGAGCAUAAAUUAGUAAGGUUCAAACUUAUUGGCCCUGGCAGCGUUCAUCUAUCUGGUUUCUUUUCUGGUGAAAGUAAAUAUACUUUUACAAUACCUGAAUAUGAGACUGAUAGCAAUGGAUCGAAUGACUAUGAUACUGAAGAUAAACACGGGGAUGGCGUUAUUGAUGGUGAUCUCGACAUGUUCCCUUCCUCACCUGUACCUGACGAUGGAGCUGUAACCAAGGAGAUACCGAAUGAUGAGAAACCUUCUAAUGAGAAUGGUAUAUCUAAACAACCAAAGAAGAAACAUCAGUUAAGUGCCUCUGUUAAAGGCAACUCUCAAAGACAAAAUGUUGUCAGGAGUGGUACUGGUGUCCCAGUCUUGGAAAGUGAAGAUGAAGAUGGUUUUCCAAUAUCUUCCCCCCGUAAGAGCAAUGCUGAUGUUCUGAAUGCUGAAGGAAAAGAAACAGAAAUGGAAGAUGACAAAGAAGAUGAGGAACCCAAGCAAAACAAAGCAAAAGAUGAUCCUUGUAGUCUUAAAAGCCUAAAAAGAAAAGUUGAUGCCGUUGUUCGAAAUCGCGAAGAAGCAAGGGAAACUGUCCAACUUGUUGAUUCUUCACUUGCAACAACUGAAGAAAUUGUUGAAAACAGUAUUAAGAGAAAGAAGAAGAAUAAAAAGAAGAAACUAGAAGGUCGAGAGGAAUAUGAUACACAGACUGAGGUGGCGGCUAGUUUGGAUGUUGAUCAGGCUUUACCAAUUGGAAAGGAACAUGAUGAGAAGCUAACCACUCAGAAAAGCAUUGAUGUUGAUGUUGACUCAACUCCUGAAGAAAAUCCCCCUGAGAAGAAGAAAAAGAAGAAAACGGGAAAGAGCAAGAAACAGGAGAGUGGAGUAAAUGCAAAUAUGGAGCAAACUAUUACAGGUGAGAAUGGAUCCACAAUGGAGAUAGAGGGGAACACUGAAGCCAAGCCAUUUCAAGUAAGAACAUUUCCAAACGGAUUGGUUAUUGAGGAGCUAGCAAUGGGUAAACCAGAUGGAAUAAGAGCUAAUCUUGGGAAAAAGGUCAGCGUCCAUUACAUUGGCAAGCUGAAGAAGAAUGGGAAAAUAUUUGACUCUAAUGUUGGCAGAGCACCAUUUAAGUUUCGCCUAGGUGUAGGAGAAGUUAUAAAGGGAUGGGACGUCGGGGUUAACGGCAUGCGUGUUGGAGACAAGAGAAGACUAACUAUUCCACCUGCUAUGGGAUAUGGAGCUCGUGGUGCUGGUGGGGCUAUACCACCAAAUUCAUGGCUGCUCUUUGAUGUUGAGUUAGUAGAUGUUCGUUGAUUGACCUCCUCUAAUGUUGUGAGAUAUUCCCUCUUAUCUUCUCUAUUGCUCCUUUUUGGAAUGCAUUUAUGCUUGUGCAAACCAGGAGGUGGAAGCAUGGAUCUUGAACACUCUCCUUUUUGUUGUUUUAUAUGAGAAAAACGGUUUUGAUUUUUGCCACAUUUGGAAUUGUUUUUAGAAUAAUGGUCAUGUGACUAUGUGGGCAAGGGUUUUUGAGAAAAAGGCUGGUGCAUUUAUGCAGCCAAAUGGUAUUAGGAGUUUAUCUGUGCGUGUUGCAAUAGAGAAUUUUCCUAGAAGUGAGAAGAGAAAUUGUGCUGAUUAAAUUUUGGAGGAGCUCUUUUGCAAAGAAAGAUCCAAUCUUUGAUACCAAUAUAUAUGCGUCGCUAAAUCCUGAUUAAGCA